AUUACAAAGUGGAGUAUAGUAGUAGUAGUAAAAUAUCUCUCUCUCACUCCACUACUUGCUUUUUCUCUCCUCAAAAUUGGGUUUACCCCACCAAUAAUAACCCACCACCCUCUUCACAUUCACCUAGGACAGCCCCCACUUUCAUAAUGCAUUAAAAUCGGGAUAAUGUUUAAACUCUAAACUAAACUCCCUUUUUCAUUUUCUCUCUCCUCUGUUCUGUUCUGUUUCUUCUUCAUCCUUCAUUUUCUUCUUCUUCAUUUGACUUUCAAAACCCAGUUCCGAAUCAUUAGGUUUAUAAUUGUCAUCAAAUUUGCAGAAUUUGUUGACUUGAACUGGUGAACAGUGAUAGUUGGUGUCAUCAUAAGUUUGUAGGUUGAAUCCAUAUUAUUAUUUUUGGAUUUUUUUGGCUAUCUUCAGGGUUAUUUUACCUUGGAAAAUGAUGAUGAUGUUUGAUCAUGAGAUGGCUAUGUCUGGUGAUCUUGAUGCGUUUUCUGCUCAGCAGCCCCAAGUUGAAGGGGAUAUUACCGCCCGGCUAACUGAACCUGAGGCGAUGGUUGACGAAGAUUACAGUGACGAUGACAUUGAUGUUGCUGAGCUUGAGAGGAGGAUGUGGAGGGAUAAGGUGCUCCUCAAGCGAUUAAAGGAGCAAGUCAAACCGAAGGAAGGAUCCGAUGCGGCUAAGCAGAGGCAAUCCCAGGAACAGGCAAGGAGGAAAAAGAUGUCAAGGGCUCAAGAUGGAAUCUUGAAGUACAUGCUGAAAAUGAUGGAGGUUUGCAAGGCUCAAGGGUUUGUUUACGGGAUAAUUCCCGAGAAAGGGAAGCCUGUGACUGGGGCAUCGGAUAAUCUCCGCGAAUGGUGGAAGGAUAAGGUUAGGUUUGACCGCAACGGUCCUGCUGCCAUAUCCAAGUACCAAGCUGACAAUGCAAUUCCGGGGAAGAAUGAUGGAGGCAAUCCUAUUGGUCCAACCCCUCAUACCUUGCAAGAGCUGCAGGACACAACCUUGGGUUCUCUCUUAUCUGCACUCAUGCAACACUGUGAUCCCCCUCAGAGGCGGUUUCCAUUGGAGAAGGGUGUUCCUCCUCCAUGGUGGCCUACUGGGAAGGAAGAGUGGUGGCCCCAAAUUGGUUUACCGAAAGAUCAAUGUCCUCCGCCUUAUAAGAAACCUCAUGAUCUGAAGAAGGCCUGGAAGGUUGGAGUUCUGACUGCUGUCAUCAAGCACAUGUCACCCGACAUUGCCAAAAUUCGCAAGCUUGUAAGGCAAUCCAAAUGCCUUCAAGACAAAAUGACGGCUAAGGAAAGUGCAACCUGGCUUGCAAUCGUCAAUCAAGAGGAGGCCUUAGCGCGGGAGCUUUAUCCUGAUUAUAUCCCCCCAUUUGUCCCAGCUGGACCUUUCGGCAUCAAUGAAGGCAAUGAGUAUGAUGUCGAUGGGGGAGAAGAGGAGCCGAAUUUUGAUGUGGAGGAACGGAAACCUGAGAAUCUUCUCCAUCAAUCCAACAUCGGGUUGAUGGAGAGGAUGAGAGGUGUAAGACUGCCAUUUCAGCAGACUUUCGCAAUGAAGGAAGAGGCUGUGACCAACUUGGAUUUCGUGAGGAAGCGGAAGAUCUCUGGCGAGUUUAACAUGAUGGAUCCGAAAAUUUUCACUUGCCAACACUCUACAUGUCCUUAUAGCCAAGCUCACAUCGGUUUUCCAGACAGGGCUUCUAGGGACACUCAUCAAUUGAGUUGUCCAUAUAGAGGCUCUUCUUCAUCAGAUUUUGGUGGUCCAAGUUUUCAUGCUAAUGAGGUAAAACCAGUCAUAUAUCCUCCUCAAUCAUUCGUUCAACCGAAACCUAUGAUGGCUCAGUCUGUUAAUAUGGUUCCACCUUCCAUUGACAUAACUGGACUUGGAGUUUCUGAAGAUGGUGAGAAAAGUAUUGGUGGCCUCAUGACUGUCUAUGAUUCUGGCAACCACUUAGCUGCAACGGAAAAUCACAUCUUACCGCAAGCUAGCAGCAUUCAGCAGCUGCAGCAGCAGAAUUACUUCAGGGGUCAAGGAAUGGUGAUGGAAGGAAACAUGUUUGAAGCAACCAACAUGUCCAAUAACAAUCAUCAUCACAUGUUUGCAAGAGAUGAAGGUCAAUUUGACCAAAGGUUCAAAGCUUUGAAUUCUCCCUUUGAGAACAAUCACAAUCACAAUCAGAAUCACAACAAUAAUUUCCAUUUAAUGUUUGGGUCCCCACCACAUUGUGAUUUGACAUCCUAUGAGUUCAAGGGAGAUAUGCAUGGAGUAGGCAUCAUGGAUCAUCUUCAGAAACAGCCAGAUAUUUCAUCAGUAUGGUACCAGUGAAUUUAACAACUGGAAUCUUCAUACUCUUUUAUUUAUCUUGAACUCUUUUUAUUUUCUUUCAAAGUUUGGCCACCCAUAUCAUAUCAUGUGAAGUUUCCCUUUGGGCCAAAAAGGUGUAUUCAAUUUUCUUCACAUGUAAUCCUGUAGUAGUCCUAGAAAAACUAGAUUUUAUUUUUAUGCUUGUCCUUAGGUAUGAUAUGGGGUUAUAAUAAUAAUAAAAGCUUGUUUUGUUUAGUCUAUGUUUUUGUUCUUAAUUCAGUGAAGUCUUGUUGUUACUAUGUUAUGUAAGACUUGUGAUAUAAAUAAGAAUACUAAAAUUUGGUUACA